AUGGCACGAUUUGCACAGCAGCCCUUUGAUUUCUACCAACAAGCCCCCGCCGCCGCCCUUGAGACAAAACCCGCUUUCUCGGAAGAGGAUGACAUGAGCGUGCUGGACGACAAGAUCCUCGACUCCAACCCAGAGGUUGCCUCUAUGGCCGACCCUCGCCGGCCGUCGUAUGAUCACAGCAAUGCCGAUGGUCUGACUUAUCGAGAACAGCCAGUCUGGGGCGACUUCACACAACAGCAGCAACAGCAGCAGCAUUCACAGCAACAACAUUCACAACCCCAGUCGCAUCCAUCUCGGCAGGACUCGGCCAUGUACGAUUCAGGCAAUCAGUUCAUGCGAUUAGACACCGCCCAGGCGAAUGCCGCGUAUGCGCAAGCCCAAGCCCAAGCGCAGCAGGCUUCCUGGCCCAUGUCGCGGGGCUCUGGCUCAUGCACGCCGACUCCCGUGUAUGAUCAGUUCUCGCAGGACUUCAACGACGCCAACUCUGCGGGGGCAUUUUCCGGGGGCGCCGUGGGCCCGAUCUCGUCCAUCAACUAUGCGCAGAUCGCGUACCGUGGUAAUGUGUUCGGCGCUCCCGGCGGCGUGGCCAUGUCCCCGCAGUCGAGCCAAGGAUGGAUGCCCUCAUCCGACAUGGGCGACGGGCGGCCAACUCGGAGCCCAACGUAUCGCACCGACUCGAAUCUACAUCUCCGGCGCGACGGCAUUCGCAAGAAGAACGCCCGGUUUGAGAUUCCUGCGGAACGCACCCUCAAUAACAUCGACCAGUUGAUUGCGCAGUCAAAUAACGAGGAGGAAAUCAAGGAGCUCAAGCAACAGAAGCGUCUUCUGCGGAACAGGCAGGCCGCUCUCGACUCCCGUCAACGAAAGAAGUUGCACACCGAGAAGCUGGAGGAGGAGAAGAAGCACUUCACUAACGCCAUCACCGAUCUGGAAGAAGCUCUACAGGCAUCGAAGAUCCGUGAAGCUGAGCUUCUCCGUGAAAAAGGCGAGUGGCUAUCCACGCAGCAGCAAUGUAAUCAAUACAUCGAGGCCUUGCACAUGCAAAAAGACGAACUCAUUCGCACGCACACUCUGGAAACAGCAGAGCUGCGCAAGAAGAACAACAUCCUCCGCGAAGCAAUGGAGAAGAUGGAGCAGCAAUUAAAAACAUCCAACCCGACCACCUUCACCACCGAGUUUGGCGAGUUCGAGAACAUCCCCAUGGAAAGCAGUCCUUGGGAGGACUUUUCCAUGGUCAACGAGAUGUCGCUCGACGCCGAGCCCGUUGCUGUUCCUGACAACUCCCUGUCGCUGGUUCCUAUCAAGACGGAAAAGACCGACAAAGUCAUCAACCAGGCCGACUACCCCUUCAGCUGGAACGCGUUCUACAUGUGCCUGCUCUUCGGCGCCUUCAUCGCCUCCAACAGUGCCUCGUUGUCCUCUGCCGCUUUGCCCAAGCUUUCCGACGAGUAUCGCGCUGAAUCUGCAAAUGUCUUGAAGGCGGUUCUCGCCUCUGCACCUUCUGAUGUCACCAACCCCUCCACUCACACUGCUUCCACUCAUCUCCCUACCACCAUUUCCGGCGCCGAAAUGGCACACAUGGCCACUCCUUCCCAAGCGCAGCCCCAACCCUCACCCCUCGAACAACUCCACACCAACCUCGCUAUGCCCACCAAACAGCAAGAAAACGAGCAAGUCUUUGCGCUGAACCCAGAGCAAUACAACGCCCUGACUACGUUCGAAGAUGACAUUGACUUCAAGCCUCCCCAACAACCAUCAAACCUCCAACAAGCGCUCGCGGCAAUGCGCAGCAAUGGCGCACAGCAACGGGCUCUCGAGGCAAGGGGCACAUCCGAUGUGUACUCACGGUCCUUAUUAUGGGAUCGCGUGCCGGAGAAAGUAGUCCGCGAUUUCAAGCGUAUGGUUCGCGAGUGUGGACAAAGCAGUUAA